CACUUUUUGUUUUAACGUGCGUAUUUCCGACGGCGCCUGAAGGCAGCAUGAUUCGGUGGCUGCUGAGCUGAUCUUUGUGCGGUCGCAGUUAGCAACGGACAGCAAACACACACACACACAGAGGAGCGCGUGACGGCGGAGGAGGCAGCUUUUGGGCCCAAAAACUCACACAUACAACGAUUAUACAGUGACAACGACGGCCUUAAAAUGGUCAUCUGGUGAGGUGUACCAAAUCUUUUAGGUGGAGGAGUGGCUGACAGCGCCACCCAGGCGUGCAGAGUGGGACUGCAUCCCGUCUCACAAUCAACGACCAGCUUCCCGAAGCGCCGCUGCCGCUGCCCGAUGGACCGCGCACUCUGAGAGCAGAGCGAGCCGGGACAGAAACCAAGCGAGGAGAAAGGAGCCGGGGGGGAGAACGCCCACCGGAGCAGGAAAGGGAGGGCAUUGUUCGGCCGGGAGAGGAGAGGACACGGGGCGCCACGAUGUCGUCGAACAGGACCCAGAACCCCCACGGACUGAAACAGAUAGGCCUGGACCAGAUAUGGGACGACCUGCGGGCUGGCAUCCAGCAGGUGUACACACGGCAAAGCAUGGCCAAGUCGCGCUACAUGGAACUCUACACACAUGUAUAUAACUAUUGUACCAGCGUCCACCAGUCGAGCCAGGGCAGGGGCUCCGUGCCUCCAGCCAAGCCCUCCAAAAAGUCCACCACUCCAGGCGGGGCUCAGUUUGUAGGCCUGGAGCUCUACAAGCGACUCAAAGAGUUCCUGAAGAACUAUCUGACCAGCCUGCUCAAGGAUGGCGAGGAUCUGAUGGACGAGUGUGUGUUGAAGUUUUACACCCAGCAGUGGGAGGAUUACCGCUUCUCCAGUAAAGUCCUCAACGGGAUCUGCGCCUACCUCAACCGCCACUGGGUCAGACGAGAGUGUGACGAGGGACGCAAAGGAAUCUAUGAGAUCUACUCGCUGGCACUUGUGACCUGGAGGGAGUGUUUAUUCCGACCCCUCAACAAACAGGUAACAAACGCCGUGCUGAAGCUGAUAGAGCGAGAGAGGAAUGGGGAGACCAUUAACACCAGACUGAUCAGCGGUGUGGUCCAGUCCUAUGUUGAGCUGGGUCUGAACGAAGAGGACGCCUUCGCCAAAGGCCCCACGCUGUCUGUGUACAAAGAGUACUUUGAAUGUCAGUUCCUCACUGACACAGAGCGGUUCUACACACGCGAGAGCACAGAGUUCCUGCAGCAGAACCCCGUCACCGAGUACAUGAAGAAGGCGGAGGCUCGUCUGCUGGAGGAGCAGCGGCGUGUGCAGGUUUACCUCCAUGAAUCCACUCAGGACGAGCUGGCCAGGAAGUGUGAGCAGGUCCUCAUAGAGAAACACCUGGAGAUCUUCCACACCGAGUUUCAGAACCUCCUGGAUGCCGACAAGAAUGAAGACCUGGGCCGGAUGUACAACCUGGUGUCGCGGAUCACAGACGGUCUGGGCGAACUGAAGAAACUUCUAGAGACCCACAUCCACAACCAGGGCCUGGCCGCCAUCGAGAAGUGUGGAGAGGCCGCGCUCAACGACCCCAAAGUGUACGUCCAGACCACCCUGGACGUCCAUAAGAAGUACAACGCCUUGGUCAUGUCUGCCUUCAACAACGACGCCGGCUUCGUGGCAGCGCUCGAUAAGGCAUGUGGUCGGUUCAUCAACAACAACGCCGUCACCAGGAUGGCUCAGUCGUCCAGCAAAUCCCCCGAGCUUCUGGCCAGAUACUGCGAUUCUUUACUGAAGAAGAGCUCUAAAAACCCGGAGGAGGCAGAAUUGGAGGACACACUCAACCAAGUGAUGGUUGUGUUCAAAUACAUCGAGGACAAAGAUGUUUUCCAGAAGUUUUAUGCUAAGAUGCUGGCCAAACGUCUGGUCCACCAGAACAGCGCCAGCGACGACGCCGAGGCCAGCAUGAUCUCCAAACUCAAGCAAGCGUGCGGCUUUGAGUACACGUCCAAACUGCAGCGCAUGUUCCAGGACAUCGGAGUCAGUAAAGACCUGAACGAGCAGUUCAAGAAACACCUGACCAACUCCGAGCCUCUGGACUUGGACUUCAGUAUCCAGGUUCUCAGCUCUGGCUCUUGGCCUUUCCAGCAGUCCUGCACCUUCGCUCUGCCUUCUGAGCUGGAGCGAAGCUAUCAGCGCUUCACUGCGUUUUACGCCAGCAGACACAGCGGCAGGAAGCUGACUUGGCUCUAUCACCUAUCCAAAGGGGAGCUGGUCACCAACUGCUUCAAGAACAGGUACACACUGCAGGCCUCCACCUUCCAGAUGGCCAUCCUGCUGCAGUACAACACAGAGGACAGUUACACCGUCCAGCAGCUCACUGACAGCACACAGAUCAAAACUGACAUUCUGGUUCAGGUUCUGCAGAUUUUGUUAAAAUCGAAGCUACUGGUGAUGGAGGACGAGAACGCCAACGUGGACGAGGUGGAGUUCAAACCUGACACCGUCAUCAAGCUUUUCCUCGGAUACAAGAAUAAGAAACUGAGAGUGAACAUCAACGUCCCGAUGAAGACGGAGCAGAAACAGGAGCAGGAGACGACUCACAAGAACAUCGAGGAGGAUCGAAAGCUCCUCAUUCAGGCUGCCAUAGUGAGGAUCAUGAAGAUGAGGAAGGUCCUGAAGCACCAGCAGCUUCUGGCCGAAGUCCUGAACCAGCUGUCGUCCCGAUUCAAACCCAGAGUCCCCGUCAUCAAGAAAUGCAUCGACAUCCUGAUAGAGAAGGAGUACCUGGAGCGAGUGGACGGCGAGAAGGACACGUACAGCUACCUGGCCUGAACGCCGACCUCCCUCCCGCCCGCCGGCUCUCCUCAAUUUUAUUUGUUAUCUUCUUCAUUUUUUUUUUUUUUUUUUUUUUUUUUUUUUUUUUUUAAUUUUAUGUCUGAGUAAUAAAGUGAGGAACCCUCUGAGCGGCGGACUUGUUGUGAGUGUGUCACUGACCAUGUGACCGCCCUGAUAUGACAACCAACCACCAACCUGAAGGGGGAGGAGGGGAGUCAACUGUCUGCUCUCCCUUCAGUGAUGAAGGAACACCCCUCCUGUUGAGACUGGGAAACCCCGUCUACGCACUCGCCUGUCUCGUCCCAUCCAUAGGACUCAAACACACACACACACACACACACACACACACACACACACACACACACAGACACAGACACUUCCUCGUUGUCAUAUUGUAAAUAACAACCACAGACUCUAAGAGGAAAAAAAAACAAACCCUACUCCCUUCUUUACAUAGCGCAAACGUAAUGAAUUAGCCUUCAGCCAAUCAGGGGAGAGCCGCAUCCAAAGGUUUCUGCAUGCUACUGCCUACCUGCACCACAGUGACCAUGAAAAAGAUUAAAAAGUAAAAAUAAGUCGAGUCACUGGGCAGCCGACGCAGUCUACCGUACGAUGACACGAAAUCGACGCCGGUCCUGUAAUUAAAGUCUGCGACUGAACCGGAGGAGGAGGAAGAGGAGGAGGAUGAGGAAGAGGAGGAGGAGGUGGUGAGUUUAGAGCCGCUGUGAUGCUUCUUUAUCUGCUGAAGUUGUUUUGGUUUGAGGUCGGUUGGGUUCAUGCAGGAGGCCUGUUUCAUUACUGAACGGUGGACAUUUGUAUAGUGUGGUUCAUUUUCUAAAUGUGUGAUAAAUAAAAACAAGGAAAGAUUUCUCUAAAA